UCUCAUUCUCCCGUGGCUGGCUAUAUAAAUGUACAUGCGUGUACAAGACAUACACGCAGCGAGCGAGCCCCGAAAAUAUUCACAGGUUUUUAUUCCGAUUUAUUUUAACUUUUGUUUUUCCUGAUUGGAUAUUAGAGUGCAAGAGAGAGAAGGGAGAGAGAGAGAGAGAGAGAGAGAGAGAGAGAGAGAGAGAGAGAGAGAGAGAGAGAGAGAGAGAGAGAGAGAGAGAGAAUGGGAAGGGGAAGAGUGGAGUUGAAGAGAAUUGAGAACAAGAUCAACAGGCAAGUUACCUUCGCUAAACGAAGGAACGGGCUUUUGAAGAAAGCUUACGAGCUUUCCGUUCUUUGUGAUGCCGAGGUUGCUCUCAUCAUCUUCUCCAAUAGAGGAAAGCUGUACGAGUUUUGCAGCAGUUCAAGCAUGCUCAAAACGCUAGAGAGGUACCAGAAAUGUAACUAUGGUGCGCCUGAGGCUAAUGUAUCUACACGGGAAGCCUUGGAGUUAAGCAGUCAACAGGAGUACUUGAAGCUGAAGGCACGUUAUGAGGCCCUGCAACGGUCCCAGAGGAACCUUAUGGGAGAAGAUCUUGGUCCUCUUAGCAGCAAAGAGCUUGAAUCUCUUGAAAGGCAGUUAGAUUCGUCCUUGAAGCAAAUAAGAUCAACAAGGGUACUCAAGUUUCAACUUUUAAUUACCAAUAACCAUGUGAAAUUAUAUGUGUAUAUAUAUAUAUGUGUGUGUGUGUGUUUGUGUUUAAUUUUUGUAAGUUUGUUUCCUUUACAGACGCAGUUCAUGCUGGAUCAGCUCUCUGAACUUCAGCGUAAGGAACACUUGCUAAGUGAGGCUAACAGGUCUCUCAGACAAAGGUUGGAAGGGUAUCAAAUAAAUCCACUCCAACUGAAUCCUGGAGUUGAAGACAUGGGAUAUGGCAGGCAUCCAGCUCAAGCUCAGGGUGACGCACUCUUUCAACCAUUGGAGUGUGAGCCAACGUUACAAAUUGGGUAUCAGCCUGAUCCAGUAUCAGUGGUGACAGCAGGUCCAAGCAUGAGCAAUUACAUGGCAGGAUGGUUACCAUAGUAGGGAUCCUGGGUGGCGUUUCAUGGAGAAGAUCCAAUGCACCAGCACAUUUGACAUUCCAAUUUUAUUUGAAAAUGAAAAAAAAAAAGAGAGGAAAAAUUGCUUUGGGAUGUAAUGAAGCUGUAAGUGUCUACCGUGUAUGAUGGAUGUAGGAACAAAGUUAAGCAGUGUUGUUUGUGUGUGCGCUUUCAUAAAACUGCACUUCUUUGCUUCGGUUUAUGUUUCUUCCCUUAUAAUAAGAGUAAUCAUAGACAAAUUAUAAACAUCAACCUAUUUUUUUCGUA